AUGGAAGGAAAAGUCCGAAGCAACGACAUGAAAGUGAACUGCUUGAUCCAGGCUCAGAUGGGUGCUUUCACAAUCCAGGAGUUUGGUUUGAUUCAGGAUACGGCCAAGAUCUUCAGAAACGGCCUGCGCAUUGGGAGAUGUUUGUGUGAAUUUCUCAGCUUGAUGAAGACGGGUUUCUCUGCUGUGCUCGGUGCUGUGAUUUUAUCCAAGUGUUUCAGAGCCAAAUUGUGGGAGAACUCGCCCUACAUCUCCAGACAACUAGAGAAAAUAGGCCCAAGUUUGUCUGCUGCCAUGGUCAACGCUGGGCUCACCACCUUCAGCAAAAUAGAGGAAACCAAUGCCAGAGAGAUUGAGCUGAUCCUCAACAGACACCCACCGUUUGGAAACCAGAUCAGAGAAGCCGUCAUCCACCUCCCUAAAUACGAGCUCACCGUCGAGCAGCUGCCCAGGUACGGCCCCUUCACUGCCGAGAUCGUGGUGAAAGUGAACCUGAAGAAUCUCCCACAGCUGCUCAGUAAAAGAACUGCCCCUGACCAGCACUACACCACUGUGGUCAUCGGAGACGCAGACAACAACGUGCUCUAUCUGCAGAAAGUCUCAGAUACGGUGCUGAUAAAAAGCAAGCUAUGGUCGAAGCGGGUCGAGCUGAGCCGAGCCUCAAAGGGACCGGAGAUAAGCGUUCACCUCGUUAGCUCCGACUACGUGGGGUUGGAUAUUCAGCAGAAGUUCAACGUGUUCUACUCUGGAGCAGCAAACAGCGACGCCUCAAAUCAAAGUCUCACACAAAACACAAAACCAGCAACACUCAAGAAAGAGCCCAGAGAGAAGAGAGAAUACGGAGCCGUCUCACAAGAUUCAGGAAACAAACGAGAGUGCAACCACUUCUGCAAGAACAAGGACCUGUGUGCUCACGACUGCUGCAAAACAGGAGUAACGAUUCCAAAGAGACGAUUCGCAAACUAUGAGUUCUCCUCGUAUUUGAACGAUCUGAAAACCAGAUCUGAGUCCGUGGUCCAAACCCCGGUCAAACGGCUCAAGAUGAAGAUGGGGGGAGAGGAGCAAACGUACAGAAAGAUACAGAAAUACGCUUACCAACCUAAAGAGAGAAUGCACAUCGGACAAAGUUAUCGGGGCAGUUAUGCAGAGGUGCCUUCCACUCCGUAUGUAGAGACUGUGGACUUGACCCAAGAUCAGGAGCUGUACGACGAAUACUGUAAUGAUGUCUUGGAGCAGAGGCCGCACGUGUAUGACACCUACCACAACGCCGUUUCUAUGGCUCCGUCACACGUCCCGACCACCAGCUCCUCCCGACGGCCUCCAGGUCCAGGUCCAGGUCCAGGUUGGGAGCCUCAGAGGAGCAGGCAGAGUCCUCUCAUCCCAGACAUCAGCUUCGACCUCGGGGACGAGUGGGACGACUUUGACGAGGAUAACUUGAUUGACGCCAGCGAGGCUUUAGGAGGUGCCCCUUCAGUGCAGUACAACAAAACCGGGUUUGUUGCUCCAUCUGUGCCCUGUGUCUCAUCUUCUGCCACACCAAUGAGGUCGACCGCCUCUCGGAUUAAGACAGAAACACUUUCUCCUUUGCCCGUGCUUCAGCCUCAGAACAGACUCACUCUGGACUUAAAUAAAAAGGCUCCAGGACAGAAGCAGGGGACGUUUGUGGACCAGAAACCUGCAGAGACCAGGUCCAGUCAGGUCCCACUCAGCUGCUUUGGGUUCUUCUCACAAAUGGACAGUGCAGCUGCAGCAGUUAACAACAAUGUCAAAGAAGAGGACGCCUUCAUCGGAAUCUUUGAUGGAAUAUUUUAG